AGGGACGUUCUGACAGCCCAGAAAUAUUUCUGAACAGCCUGACCCCCACCCUGAUGACGCUCAUGAAGGUACGAGUCCUUCUUCUCGAUCAUGAUCGAGAAUUUAAUAUUAUCUAGAUUUUUAUCAGUAUGAUGGCCUCGAGUAUGACACCAUACCUGAGGCGCUUCCUGACAAUCGGCUUCCUGAUGAGGUGCUUCUAGAAGAGGACCAAAAUUCCGACCAACCUCGUGGUUCUCAAGGUGUCGCACAGCCAGACCAACAACCACCGGCGGCACCUAUUGAAUCUGGCUUCACUCGCUGUGAAAAUGGAACUCGUCAAUGCUAACACGAUCGACUCGAAGGCUGAUGCCAUCAAGAAGCGACAGCCGAGUACCAAGCCGAUGCGUGUGAGCCCCAAGAUCACGGCGCGGAAUCUUUGCGCCCUCGAGUGGCAGUCAAACGGCCAUCAAAAGGAACCAGCCAGUGUCUUCGCUACUUACUGGAAUAGGUUGUCUACAGCUGACAAAGAGUUAUACAAGCGCAAAGCAGCUGUUCGGCUGUCUGCCACAGGACUGGCUCAAGCAGACGACAACCAGGAUGAAUAGUGGGC